AUGUCUGGCCCUCCCGCUGGCAACCAGCUCAACAUUGAUCGCUAUGUUGUGAUCCACGUCGCGACCACCUGCGAUGAGCAUGGUGUCUACGUCACCAAGGACUCUGCCGAGGUCAUUGAGCUAGGAUGGAUUCUGCUUGACGCAAAGUCUCUCGAGGAGAUCACCCGCGAGAGCGUUCUUGUCAAACCCAUCAACACUCCGAUUACACCGUUGUGCACGAGCUUGACGACCCUCACCUGGGAACAUGUGCGCAACGCGGGAACCUUCCGAGACGCCAUCAACCGAUUUGACACGUUUGCGAACGAGCACUUGACCUCGCAAAAUCUCGAUUUCGUCUUCGUCACCCUCGACGCCUGGGAUCUUCGCGUCCAGUUGCCCCGAGAAGCCCGAGACAAGGCCGUCGUUCUGCCUCCAUACCUCCAGCACUCCCGCACUUUUGAUCUGCGGACUGAGUACCAGCGAUGGCAGCAACACCACCCCGAAUCGCUGCCUUUUGGGCCCUCGAUGCUGUCCAAUAUCUGUGCCGCCUUGGAGGUGGAGCCGGUCCAGUCCAGUGCUCCAAUCAAGCACAACUUGCCCUUCCACCUCCAGGCUCUGGCCCCUGCCUCUCCUCGCCGUGCCAUGGAGGAGGCCGUCACCUUGGCCCGCGUCCUUCGAGGCUUGAUUCGCAAGUCGCAGCCUUCCCACGAGCACCCCGAUGUCCUGACUCGGCCCAUGGACGCGCGCGCCGACGUGCGUGCUUUCCUGUCUGAGCGCAGCAAGGUCCUCCACAUGUCUGGUCUGCCUCAUGAUACUACUCAAUCCGAGCUCGAGAGCUGGUUCACCCAGUUUGGCGGUCGUCCUAUUGCGUUCUGGACCCUUCGUACCCCUGAGCAGCACAAGCCUACCGGCAGUGGUUUCGCCGUCUUCUCUUCCCACGAGGAGGCCGCUGAGAGUCUGUGCAUGAACGGUCGCGCUCUUAACGAGAAGGCGAUCGAAGUGUCACCGUCUUCCAGCCGUGUUUUGGACCGCGCCGCUGAGAUCCUGACGCCCUUCCCGCCUAGCAAGAACCGCCCCCGCCCCGGCGACUGGACCUGCCCCUCGUGUGGCUUCUCCAACUUCCAGCGACGCACUGCUUGCUUCCGCUGCUCCUUCCCCGCCGUCAGCGCUGGUCCUACCGGCGACAUGGGCUACGGUUACGGCUACGGCCCACCGGCCAUGAUGCCUCCUCCCCAGCACCACCAUGGACACAUGGGUCACGGCGGCGGUCGCAUGGGCGGCAGCGGUGUCGUCCCCUUCCGUGCCGGUGAUUGGAAGUGCGGCAACGAAGUUUGCGGAUAUCAUAACUUUGCUAAGAACGUUUGCUGUCUGCGUUGCGGUGCCAGCCGUGCUGGUGCCGCUGUUGUCGCCGAUUCUGGUGGUUACCCCUCCCCCAUGGAUCCCCCUUCCAACUACAGCAUGAGCCAGGGCUCCAUGAGCGGCACUCCUGGACCCGGACCGUUUGCUUCGGCCGGCGGUGGUUUUGCUUCUGGUGGCGGCUACGGUGGUCAGCACUUUGGCGGCCCCCCCAGCACUUAUGCCCUUCCCUCAGGCAUUGGUGGCGGCGCCGCUCCCUACCCCUCUCUCAACACUCACUUUGGACCGGCUCCUGGCUCUCACUCUGCCGGCCCUUUCGAUAGCCGGGCCGCGGAGGCGGCUUUCCAGUCCGCUUCUAACGGCCCUGCGUCUGCCGGCCCCUCGAACAACUUCUACUCUCAGAACGAGAACGAUCCGUUUGCGUUCCUCUCCAGCGGCAUUGGAGGGCUUUCCGUGAGCGGCGGAGACGCCCGCCAGAACGGAGGAGCCGCGCCGCCGAGCAAGUCUCCUGCGUAA